ACGCGGCGCGCUAAGGUGCUCGUCGUCACGGGACCGACGGCGAUCGGGAAGAGCGCGGUCGCGAUCGCCAUGGCGCGCGCGCGACGAGAGCGACGAGACGCGCGCGAGGUUGAAAUCGUGUCGUGCGAUUCGGUGCAAAUAUAUCGCGGAUUAGACGUCGGGUCGGGGAAAGUGGGCGCGCGGGAGCUCGAAGCGUGCGCGCAUCACAUGCUGAGCGCGCUGGAUCCGCGCGCGAGAGAUGGGAGUGGAGAGUACGACGCGAACGCGUAUUACGACGAAGCCGUAAACGUGAUCGACGAUAUACAUCGACGAGGGCGCGAUGCGGUCGUCGUGGGCGGUGCGGGGAUGUAUUUGAAGUGGUUGACGGAUGGGAAACCUAGCGCGCCGGGGUCGACGCCAGAGACGCGAGAGGCGGCGGAACGCGCCGUGGGCGAGGCGAGAGCGCGGGGGGGGUGGCGCGAAGCCGUGGAGUUGUUGACGCGCGCGGGAGAUGCGGAGACGGGGAAGACGCUGAGCGAAAACGAUUGGUAUCGAUUGACGCGAGCGUACGAAAUCGUGCGCACGAGCGGGCAAAGCGUCAAGGCGUUCGCGCGCGAGAAUCCUGAGGCGCGGUUUGAUUUUAGAUGUUUCUUUUUAUCUUCGCCGCGCGUCGAGCUGUAUCGAAAAAUUGACGCUCGCGUGGAGGGUAUGUUUGUAGAUGGAAUCAUGGAUGAAGCCGCGUGGUUAUUGAAUGCUGGAAUCGCGCCGGGAGAAAACGUCCCGGCGCGGUCCAUCGGUUACCGGCAGGCGAUGGAGUACUUGGCAAAGGCUCGGGCGAAGGAGAUCAAAGUCGACGACGCGUCGUUAUUGGAGCUGGUGAAUGAGAUUCAGAUGCUCAAUCGCGCGUACGCGAAACGUCAAUUCACGUGGUUUCGCGGCGAAUCGCGCUACGCAUGGAUCAACGUCGACGACGAUCGCGACGCAGUCGCUCGACGAAUUUUGAGUGAGUUUGAUCGCGAUGAACAUCGAGCCGGGGGCGAGGAAAUCGGCGACUUGAGCAAGGAC